CGAGCUAAUGAGUUACAUUCGACCAUAAUUUAUGGCUUGUCAUCUUGUUCAAAAUUCAGAGAGUUGAAUUUUAAAAACUGGCUGUUUUUUCAAAGGAGGACCAAGUAAACCCCUACCUAAAUGGGAUACAAGUAUAUAUAUUUUUCCCAAAGGAGGGUUAUGAAAAUUGAAAAGUAUGACUUAUUAGGAUUGAAACAAACCGACUCAGCUGAUGUUGUUGACUGUAAAAAUUUGAGUAAAAUCACAAACUCUGCCUGUUAUCAGACAAAAGUCUUUUUGUUUCUGUUUCUAAAUUUAUGUCAUACAAUCAAGUUUCCCAUGUGUUACAUUCUAAAUCACCGAAUCUAAUUCAGACAAUUCCAAGACAUUUAUGCUGAAAGUAACGCAAGGAUUGCUUUGAAAAGGGCAUCUCCCCCUACUCCAUUUUGCUUAAACCUAAAAAACGAGAUGAAUUAAGAAAAUAUACUCAAAAGGUCAUUUAACCCUUUAAUGGAAGCUGAGAAAAGUCUAUCAAAAAAUUGACAAAUCGUAGGAAUCUUGCAUAUUUUACACACUUUAAGGGAUGCACUGUUCCCUUGGAAACAUCAUAAAACUUUGUUUUACCUUGUGAUGUUGACUAUUUUUCAUUUGCACAUUUAAGAAAGCUUUAGAAAUUACCAAGCGGCCUGCUUUCGUGAUAAAAGAAAGGGCCCACUUGCUCAUUUGACUGCCUUUUUCUUCCUUCUAGCUUCAGAUCUAAAAAUCUAAUUCAUGGCUUAAUCCUUGUUAACCAGAAAAGAACUUCUGGGUGUGUUUUUUUUUAUUAUUAUUUUUCCUGUUUUACGAGUUAAAACAGGCAGGGCGAGGAAACAAAGGAAGGAGAGCUAUGGGGUUGGUGGGUGUCCAAGAAAAUGGAAAUGGGGAAAUGGCUUUGUCUUUGGGGAACAAGAACAAGUACAAGAGAAUGGAUUCUGAGCUAUCAGAUGGUUUUGAUAAUGAUGCUUCACAUCAUAAUCAUCAUCAACUAGAAAGGAAGAAAAGUACCAGGAAAUAUGUUCUUGCUUGUGCCAUUUUUGCAUCUCUCAACAAUGUUCUUCUUGGUUAUGAUGUAGGUGUCAUGAGUGGAGCUAUUAUAUUUAUACAGGAAGAUCUGAAGAUAACUGAGGUACAAGAAGAAAUCCUUGUCGGGAUUUUGAGUGUCAUUUCACUUUUAGGUAGCUUAGCUGGUGGAAGGACAUCAGAUAUUAUUGGUAGAAAGUGGACAAUGGCCUUUGCUGCUGUUGUAUUUCAAAUUGGUGCAGCUAUAAUGACACUUGCACCAUCAUUCCAAGUACUAAUGGUAGGACGGGUUUUGGCUGGGGUUGGUAUAGGCUUUGGAGUCAUGAUUGCUCCAGUCUAUAUCGCUGAGAUAUCACCAACUAUCGAUAGAGGCUCUCUUACCUCCUUCCCUGAGAUUUUCAUAAAUCUGGGAAUUUUGCUUGGUUAUGUCUCAAAUUAUGCAUUUUCUGGUCUUUCGGUACAUACAAACUGGAGGGUAAUGCUGGCUGUUGGAAUUUUGCCUUCAGUCUUCAUAGGGUUCGCUCUUUUUAUUAUCCCUGAAUCACCAAGGUGGUUGGUCAUGCAGAACCGAGUUGAAGAAGCAAGAUCUGUGCUAUUAAAAACAAAUGAAAAUGAUAAAGAGGUGGAUGAGAGGCUCUCAGAAAUAGUAGCAGCAGCUGGAAUGUCUAAUGGAGAUAAGAAUGAAGAGAAAGCUGUGUGGCGUGAACUGUUAAGCCCUUCUCCUUCACUUCGUCAGAUGCUGAUCACCGGAUUUGGAAUCCAGUGUUUCCAACAAAUCACUGGAAUAGAUGCAACUGUGUAUUAUAGCCCUGAAAUCUUCAAGGAUGCUGGGAUUGAAAGUAAUUCUAAGCUUCUUGCUGCAACAGUUGCUGUGGGUGUCACAAAGACAGCUUUUAUAUUGAUUGCUACAUUUCUUGUUGAUAGAGUUGGGCGGAAACCCUUACUCUAUGUGAGCACAAUUGGAAUGACUGUGUGUUUGUUUUCCUUAAGCCUUAGCCUCGCCUUACUGGGGAAUGGGCAGCUUGGAAUUGCACUGGCAGUCUUGUGUGUUUGUGGUAAUGUAGCUUUUUUUUCAGUGGGAAUUGGUCCUAUAUGCUGGAUUUUGACAUCCGAAAUCUUUCCCUUGAGGUUGCGAGCUCAAGCAUCUGCUCUUGGGGUUGUAGGUAACAGGGUAUGCAGUGGUUUUGUUGCCAUGUCGUUCCUCUCUGUCUCUCGUACAAUUACAGUUGCUGGAACCUUUUUCCUCUUUUCACUGUUUUCAGCUCUUUCUGUUCUCUUUGUUUACAAACUUGUUCCAGAGACAAAGGGAAAAUCAUUGGAACAGAUUGAGUUGCUUUUUCAAAAUCAUAAUGAAUGGCAAGGAGUUGAAGUGGAGCUGGGAGACUCUGAGCAUCUGGUACAGAAAGCAUGAGUAAUCGGGGAUUGGCCGGUGCAAUUUUCUUGGUGGAAUCUUGCAAUUUUUGUGGUUUAAUGAUUGAAGUGGAAGAGGUAGGAACCAUAUGAAAAUUUACAUCAUUACAGAUCCAUUAAUGCGCAUCAGCGUGGAAGAGUUGGAUUUCUAAAGUGAAUGUUUCCUAGCGCCCUAGGUAUCUGCAAUUGAAAGCUCUGUAAGUUGGUAACCAAAAGGAGUAAGUAUAAUGUUAUAUGAGGUGCAUUAUUACAGUCAGAAGCAUGCCCAAAGUUAUAUUUGUUUGCCAUCUCUUCCUAUACUGUUGAUUUAUCUUGAGAUCCAUGAGAAAAUAGUAUUCAUGUUAGAGUUAUAGCUUGGAUUCUAGCCAAAUACUUCCCUGUAUCAGUAUUUGAUUUCCUCACACAAAUCAUAAUAAAUUUUACCAUACAAUGGAUGGAAAAUAACAGGGUUUUGCUUCUUCAUGUUUGUACCUUUUAGGCAUGUCAUACGAUGUUUAGUUCAAUGAAUAUGGGAAUCAUUUUAAAUCAAACUUUAAGAGAUCAGCUUUUUAAUUUGCAACAUUUUCCAAACUUUAAUUUAAAAUGUGAAAGAUAGCUUCUGAUGUCUUUUGUUUUGUUGUCCUUUUUCUUGUUUAAGAUUUGCUUUCUGGAUGUUGGAAUCCCCGUAUGUUAAAUUCAACUUUUCUGGUUCCUUAGGUUUCAUUUGUGAUGGUUAACUUUCUUAGCUAUUAUGAUUUGAAAACUAUGUUGGGGGCAGCAUUC